AUGCAAUUGCUAUCUGCAGACUUCCUGUACAUAUACCCCUCGCCAACUGGAAACAACACCAUCACGCUAUGCGCAGAAGACCUGAAUACGCUUCAACCCGGUGCUUUGUUGAACGACAAAGUAGUGAAUCUUUGGCUCAGGCACAUACGAAGCGGCUGCGAGAAGACAGCGGCCAACGUUCUCGUCAUGGACUCGUACUUCAUGACGCUCCUGCACGACAUGUUCAAGGCGGAAAGCGAAAACAUAGGGGACGCCAACGACAUUUUCAACAAGCUCCUGCGCUUUGACGGCUUCAAACUGAUCUUCGAGCACACAUUUGUCCUUUUUCCAUAUUGCCAAAGGUCGCACUGGAGUCUGCUCCUCCUUAAGAACAAAGCCUGCAAGGGGAGCGCUCGUCAAAGUCCGGCAGCCCUUCUUCAUUUCGAUUCCAGGCCAGGGCUUCAUCGGUCCGUUGAUACGUUGUUCCGAAGUGAGCUGGGUGCGUGCAAGAGCAAGAUGGGGGUAGAAGCUCAGGUGGCACCACACAGCCUCUCAAUUGACAGGUUGGUGCCUCUGGCGUCAUACCCAGACUUUGUUGUGGAUCAGAUGCUGCUUCUUAGCCGCUCUGAGGAAACUCAGAAGCACUGCCACAGCUGCAACCACAGGCUGUGGGACCUGCAGGGGACGGAGGGCGGCACAAUCCUCGUUUGCAAGAAGCGAGCAGCGGUAGACCGGGAGGGGUUUAUCAUAUGCCAAGCGCAGAACUGCCCCCAAUACGCCGGAGCCGGUGACCAGCGGUCACGCAGGAUCUUUUGCCUGAGAUGCACGACACUGCGGGAGAGGGGUGGGGGGGCAAUAGCUUUCGAUGCCUGCUUCGGUGUGAGGGAGGGGGGCGGCUUCGAACAGCUGCUGCAGGAGUGCCUUCAUUGCAGGAGCGGGUCUGGCAAGCAGUGCAAGCGGGGAGACACAGACGACAGCACCUGUCCUAGGUUGAUCCACCAACGGGAUUUCGAGAAGCCUCAGAAGCGGACGGCGCCCAUCCCUGAUACCAAACCCCUAGCCCCUUACGCAUACCCCGGCCUCCGUUACAUGGCCUCCCACCUGCCAUGGCUCCCUUUGCCUGAUCAGUGGUUCUCCACCCAUGGACUCGCUCCAGAGCCCGUGCCCAGAGUCCGGCUGCCGUGGGAGCCCUAUCCCCACCACUGGCUGUUCUUUUCCCCAAAACAGCCCCCCAAAGGGACGCCUUUCCACACACUCCUUCCUACUUCCCCAAAGCACGGGCACCGCACUCACCUGUGGCCAUUCCCAGAGUUACCCCCUCAGGAGUCUGUGUUCUACGUCCACCCAAGCAGCUGCCUUCCACCAGCCUUCUUGGCAUGCGAACCAGCCUCUCUCCCACCAGAGGGCCUCUCCUACGAGCCCCAGCCACCGUACUCUUCCGGCGUCUUCUUCUACGGACGGGACCCCAGUCUGUUUGCUCUCUUCGAAGCAGCAAAGGAUGCCCCACAGUCGGAGUCAAGGAAGCAUGCAAAGAGAUCUCCUGAAGUCAAGGUGCAACGCUGCGAGGAGAUCCCUGCUGCUGUCUACACCCGCGAGCUGCCGUUGCUGGUUGAGGCCUUCAGGGCCAGGGCUGCGCAGGGCUGCCCCCUGCACACCGGUCCUCUGCGGGGCAACUACAUGCUCAUUGCUAACAUCGAGCAGAAGUGGGAGGGGGAGGGCGGGGAGAGGGCUCUGCGAGCUCGCAUUGUUGAGCCGGACCUGAAGACUGGGGCUGGGGGAAAGAACCCUGUCCGGACCCUCUGGCCUGUAAAGGUCCGGUUUGGGGUGGCCUCGGGGGGUGGCACAAGCCUGACGUGCAACUGCAAGCUCAAAGGCCCGGAAGACAAGUGCUACCACGUUGGCGUGCUGGAGGCUCUGACCGACCUGAGCACGCUGGACGUGUGGACAACAGGCACGACGCAUGAAGGGGUGGAGACAGUCCGGCGGGGGGCACGUGCCGUAAACUGGAGGGCUUUGGAAGGACAGAGCACAGUGGCUCUGACUUACGAAGCUGCUGCUGUCACCAUCUACAUUGUCCACAGCGGGUCCUCUGGGACGCUGGUGGCCAGGCGAGAGCUUGGCGACAGCGAUGAUGAGGCGCAGACGGCCAAGCCGAGGGGGAGGGGGGGCAAGUUCAGGGGGCGGGCGGUUAAACAGGGGCAGGCGGCUAACCCCGGAGACGAGUGGUUCUGCGAAGCGUGCACAUUGGGGCAGAUGGAUCUGCACGGGCGGUGCAUACACUCGUAUCAGCUGGCGGGGCUGACCAAGGAGGAGUGGCAGCCGCAGGGGGAAGGUGUCCGGGUGCCUGAAACUGCGGAGGAGGUGUGGGGUCUCAACUUUGGCGUCAAGCCUUAUCCCAAGCUGGGAACAGCAGCCACUAUUGUGUGCACUUCCUGCCCCAGAGGUGCUGACAGAGAGUCUGCUAAGGUAACCCAGGCAAGGACGUGCCCCCACCUAGCCAGCCUGUCCCCCAUUCCCACAGUGACCCCCCGAAGCGCAGAGGACCUUCGGACGGACCCGAUCAUCUUCGGGGAGCAUUUGAAGGUUGCUCACGUGUGCACCCAUGAGUGCCAGCUCAGGCCAUGCGGCCAGCUGCCCCCGAGGGAUAACGAGCUCAACCAAGCAGCUGAGCAGGGGACCAGCCUGGAAGACACGCGCCGCUGGAGCCGGGAGGGGCGUUUCUGCCAAGCCCGCCCCGUCACCCCAGCCCCUUGUGGGGCGCCGUGGCAUCUGAAAUGGAACGGGGAAGGCAGGCUGAUCAAAGCGAACGCGCUGCACGCAAUCGACAUCGGCACGUGGUGGUGCGGCCGCUGCAGGAUGGGGUGUACCCUGAAGUACGACGCCGCUGCGGACGGUCUCUACUACCUAACUCCACAGACCCUCGUCACCCAGGAGGUGCUGAAGAGCAUGGAGGAUGACCUGCUGCAAAAGGCAGCCUCCUUCCAACAGAUUGUGCGUGGCUGGGAGGGCAAAGCCCUGAGGACGUUCACAGAUGGCGAGCAGGACACCCGCAUGCUGUGUGAGGACAAGGCGCGUCAGGGCAUCGAGCGCUACUUGCAGCACUUGGAUGACCACCUGGUCGAGCAGUGGCGGAAGGAAGCCAGGCUCGAGCCCACCAGCGUCGUGGAGAGACCCCCUCACAAGCCAGAGUUCAAGCCAGAGAGCGGGCAACCUGGAGGCAAAGGCUACGUCUUGUUCGUCCCCCCUGAGAAUCCUCUUGAUCUGAAGGACGCCCUGCUCACAAAGUUCUUCAGGGCCGAUGACCGAGUUGGGGGACAUGCUGGGGGCGAUUACGAGGGACGGGUUUCUGGCUAUAAUUUUGAGAAGGAGCAGUGGAAGAUUGCGUAUGACGACGAAGACCGUGAAACCAUGUGCUUCAAGGAGCUGGCCCCUCUUGUGCACACUCUCCCUGAGGGCUACGUUGACAACAACCCAGAUCCCACCGGCAGGGGGCACCCGGUCCCACCCUUCGCUCAAACAAUUGGGGCAAACGUGCUCCUUCAAAGACCGACUUGGAAUAGAGAGUACAGGGGACAGGUGAUGGAGCGGGUGGGGCCCAGGCCGCUCAGCAACGGGGAAAGCGGUUAUGUGUACCAGGUCAAGUUCGAGGACGACACGGUAGAAGACUUGGAGUUUGAGGAAGUCAAGGCAGCGCGCCAGCGAUUCCAAGACAGCGAGUUUGGCAACAGCGACGCCCCCACGCUGACCCAGGUCCUUCAGGCAGCCCCACUGAGCCCCUACUCUCUCCAGUGCCUCUGCUCUGAUGAAGACCCCGUGUUACUCCUGCCUACAAAGGGGAGCAAGCAGACAGUCACAGAGAAGAUGAAGCUGAUUCCACGAGGCGUCAAGCGGAAGAAGGAUAAGAAGACCGGGCAACCGAUCGGACCCAAGACCGGACCGCGCACUCAGCUCCUGCGCUGGAGCCAGGCGCUUGUCAUGUGGCCGGAAGAUAGCAAGAAGGUCACGGCAGGGACUCCAAUCGAGGGCAACGAGGUCUUCAAGAGCGCAGCAGAGUAUGUGGCUAUGCUGCCACAGCUCCCCCGGUGCGUCCGGCGGUUGGUUGAGUAUGUCGUGGGGGCUGGGCAUGGAAUCACCGUGCGGAAGAUGGGGUGCCCGGAGGGGCCCUGGAGGAACCUCUUCUACCAUCUCGGGUCGCCUGAGUCAGAUGACGUCCUCAUCUGCAAGGACGUGCAGAGCACAGUGUUGCGGUUGCUCCUGGGCAAGAGUGCUGGGCCUGUCACACUCACUGCAGAUCAGCGGAAGGAUCUGAGGGAGAAGUCCCCAGUCCUGGCUAAGGUCUUGCAGGAGGGGGCGCAGAUGUCCGAUGGAGGCUACUGGAUAUCAAAGGAGUUGCUCGACGCUCUCGAGUCGCUCCUCAUCCACCUUCUUCAGAUGUCCUACUUUGCGGUGGACCUUGACUGUGGGACUCGGGCUGUCGAGCUGCUAAAGGAGGCACUCGCGGCCUCUGCUGACUGGGGGGCACAGCGCGGGGAGCACCUGGAGCGCUACGUGGAGAAGAUAGAGAGGCUCAUGUACCGGAAGUUCUGGUUCAAGUUCAUGGAAGAGAAGGCAUGCAAUCUGGGGCCUAACGCUCUAAGCUAUGCCCAAAACGCAGCGCGCUUGUGUUCCUACUCGGUUGUUCGGCCCGUCACGCAAAACCCCGCCCUGGACAAGGUGAACGGAAGAGCGCUAAAGAGUCAGAGGAACAAGAAGUGCACAGGGAACUACGCCCCCAACGUGGAGCCACGGUUGAAGAAAUCCCUCCAGAAAAAGGUCGAGAACUCGCAGCGGUACAUCGACAAUCUUGCGAUUAUGUCCUGCGGGCACGGGGUUGUACUGGACUACAUCAUUGGUCUUGAGCCGGAGUCUGUGAAAGAUGUCAUUGUAUAUCUGGAGACCCGAUUCAAAUACCACCCCCCCAAGCUCAUCAUCAACGACAACUCCUGCCAGGUGGAACGCAACGGAAAGCUUCGCAACCCCAACUUCAUCGCGGGGUCAUCUUUCUGUCUGGAUGGUUUCCACGGAUAUGGGCACCGGUGCACGAGGCACUACAUCCUGGGAGAGCGCUUUCCGGAGGCAAAGGACGAGACAUCAGUCGUAGAACAUAUCAAUGACUGGCUGGCGGACUGGGAGAAAGUCUUCUACAACAUGAGGACGGACACCCUCCAGCUUUUGCUCAACUUCAUCAUCCGUGCUCGAAACCACAAGAAGAACGAGGCCUUCAGGUCCCGACUUCUGCGUCUGAAUUAA